AUUUGACAGCUGGUAUUUUGAAAGAUGAAUGAAUUACUGACCUGUUGUGUGAGAUGGUGAUGAAGAAAACAUGUCACUUUGUUAUUUUUAUAUCAGUUUGCUCACUGGCAGUUUAUUCAGGUGUGAUCCAGUUAGAACCAGAAUAUGUCACUGCACUUCUUGGUGAAGAUGUCAUACUGCCUUGCACAUUUUCAUUCCCUGAGGGUACUCCUGUGCCCUACGUAGUACAGUGGCAAAAACAGGAUGUGAAAAUCCCAAUUUAUAUUUGGUAUGAUGGUUAUCCUCCACAUGCUGGUGAAGGUUACGAGGGCAGAGCCUCUCUUUGUGGCUUAGCUUCACUGAAUUUGACUUCAGUCAGGGAGGCUGAUCAAGGAAUGUAUGAGUGCAAAGUAUACUUUUUGAAUCGACCACCAGAUUCUCCAAAAAAUGGUUCAUGGGUUCAUCUAGAUGUUCUUGCUCCUCCUCAUUUCAAAUUAAAGCCUCCUGAUACUGUAUAUGUUAAAGUGGGAGAAUCGGUUACCCUUAGUUGUGAAGCCAUCGGCACACCUCUUCCUGCUAUUUCAUGGUCUAAGGACAAUCUACCAUUAUUGUCAUCGCCUUCAGUGCAGAUAACAGCAACAGAACUUCGUAUUAAUAAUAUACAGCAAUCAGAUAUUGGGGAUUACCUAUGUAUGGCAAAAAAUAAAGAAGGCAGAGUUAAUGCAUCUACAAAAGUUAUUGUUGCUGGACCUGCUGUAAUCACAGUGCCUCCUCGUAACACAAGCAAAUUAGAAGGUGGGAAAGUAGAAUUCAUUUGUGAAGCCAAAGCUCUUCCCGCCAAUAUUACUCACCGAUGGUACCACAAUGGUAUCGACAUUACUCAGCUCUCUUGGCUGGAGAGUCGUUCCUUACUACGCAAAGAUGGUCUUCUUUUUAUCAAUCCUUUAACUGCUGAGGACUCUGGGCUUUAUACAUGUGAAGUUUCAAAUGGCAUUGGUAAUCCUGACACAGCUUCUGCAUAUUUAAGUGUUGAAUAUCCAGCUCGAGUUACGUACUCACCAACUAUUCAAUAUCUUCCUUCUGGACUUUCUGGGAUUCUCCGUUGUUAUGUUCAAGCUAAUCCUCCUUUCCAAUUCAUCAACUGGACUAAAGACAGGCGACCCUUUGACCCUAAUGCCAACCCGGGGGUUGUAACGCUUAAUAAUGGAUCUUUACUUUUCCAACGUGUGAGCCAUGAGCAUCAGGGCAGAUAUCGCUGCACUCCAUAUAAUGUGCAUGGUACCGCUGGGACUUCUAACAUAAUGGAAGUUUUAGUUAGAGAUCCCCCUAUGUUUACUGUGAAGCCCAGGGACAACUAUCAAAAGCCUGUUAAUAGUGAAGUUAAAAUGCCGUGUGAAGGAUCUGGGCAGCCAAAACCUACAGUUGUUUGGAGAAGAGCAGAUGGUGAAAAAUUGCCCAGAGAGAGGGCCAUAAUAAGGGGUGGAAAUUUGACUAUUAAAGGUUUACGCAAAGAAGAUCAUGGAAGGUUUGAAUGUGUUCUUGAAAAUGAAAUAGCAACUUUGGUUACAAGUACUUUAUUAUUGGUUGAAGGGACAACACCUCAUGCUCCCACAAAUGUGACUGUGAAUACAAGUUCUUUUGAUGCUACUCUUACCUGGUUACCAGCAUAUGAUGGAAAUUAUGAACAGACAUACGUAAUAUGGUAUAGGUUGGCUGAUCAAGGAAUUAGUGAAUGGCGAACUGUAAGAGUAGUCCCAGAGGGUGCUACUACAGUUACACUAUAUAAUCUUCAGCCUGAUACUGAAUAUGAGUUUCAAGUAUUAUCGAGAAAUAUUCUUGGUGACGGACUUUUUAGUCCUGUUGUAAAAGCCAGGACGAAAACGUGGGAUUAUCUUGGUGGUGUGUAUCCAACUGAUGCAUAUGGAGCAACUUAUAUUCCAACUGUACAAAAGCCAUCAGGUCCUAAACCAUGGCCACCUCAAAAUGUAACUAUAGAAAAGGGAAACCUAGGUGUUGUGAUAUCUUGGCAACCACCCAAAAACCAAACUGUUCCUGUGGCAUUCUAUUUUGUUGAACAUCGUACUGAUGAUGGCCAAUGGCAGCGUUAUGGACCUAUAAGGGAUGAGUCUUCAUAUCUAGUGGCAUCUCUAACGGGAGGACAAACAUAUCAUUUUCGUGUUUAUGCAUAUUCUAUCAUGUCAGUUGGAUCUGCAAGUUCUGAGGUUAUUUAUCAUGCACCAGGUGAUGAUGAAUUGCAUGGUAGAAACCGAGCAAUUACUGCUGGAGUUGUUGGAGGCAUUUUAUUUUUUAUUGUUGCUGUUAUACUCUCUGUUUGUGCUGUGAAAAUAUGCAAUAAGCGUAAGAGGAGGAAAGCUGAAAAAGCUUAUAUGAUGGUGACAUGCUCUGUACCUGAUCAAAGAAAUGGUGGUCACUCCCAUACAGGCUCUCCUCUCCCAAUCAAAAAAACUGAAGAAGGCGGAAUACCAAGUAUAAAAUUUCCUUGUCUGGCCAGCUUAGGUAGAAUAGGCUUAGCAUCAAUUCCCAGGGAGCGAACAAGGACAUUUCAUGGGUGGCCUGUUCACUUAAGGCAUCCCAGGGGUGCCCGCUAUAACAUCCAGAUGGAGUACUCCCAACCCCUGGGUUGGAUCAGUCGCUCUGCUGAUGGUAAGUUUGUGCUACGUGGCAGUGCUGACGAUGAAGAGGGAGGCUUUGUAAAGACAACUUCAAAUGCCGCUCAUUCCCUCAUUCCGUCCAACCAUGCAGGAGCCAGGGGCAGCAUACGCAGUGACGGGAGUGGCCAGAGCAGCCACAACCUGCACUUGAGUCCCUCUACUCCUUCAUAUGGUCCCUAUGCAACUCCAUCUCGCUUCCACACUAGUAGUCCUGGCUUUGGAGGCUCUUUCUUUGGUGAGGACAUCAGUUCAGUCAGACAGCCAUCUUCCGUGGAGCGCUCCUUCCCCAGCACAGUGUCCAGUCACUUGACUCCUCCUUUUCCGAUGCACUUUCGACCGAUUCAUAGAGCUCAAGAUGCUCCUCCACCGUCAUGGAUGCUUCAUCAACAGGUUUUAGGUUCUCCUUUACAGACCCCAUGGCAUCAAGGGUGGCCUGGAUCUAGGCGCUGGCUGCCUGUCCAGGCAUAUCCCCCAGGUGCAGCAGAAUCUCGAUUUUAUCCUCUUCGUCCAACCGUGCCAAGAGGUUUCAGUGGCCCUAUUCAUCCUCGUCAGCAAAUUUCUCCUACUCAUCAGAGACCAUUAGCUACAAGCAGUCCUCCGCGUUUGGAAGGACAAAGCAUAUAUGGAGUGUCCCAGGUUCCUUGUAACCCAGAUUCCAGUGAGAGUGGUGGCAGUGACGUGCAACAAGUGACUUACACUAGAGACCGACUGUUGGGCGCUGUAGAACGCGCAAGGAAUGCUGCUUACCAUCGACAACAGCAGGCUCCUGGUGUUGAACUAUCCGAAGUCGAUGGACCACUUGCAGGGAACAGAAGGCUGACAACGCCAAGCAGGACUAGUGUUACCAGUACCAGUUCAGGACAUGGAAGCAAAGCUGCCUCCUUAGCUCAUUCUAGCCUCCAGGGAGAGCUAGACAUGAACAAUCGCAGUGGCAGCAGUAGUGGUUUCGUAAGCAGAAACCACUCAGCUGCUUUUGCAUCUGCGUCCCUUACACCAAAUGGUGUACACAUCAUCCCUCAUCACACUGGAGGUUCCUCCCUAUUCGAAGCAGACUCUCCGCAUUCAGAACCAGCCCUUCCCGUUGUCGACGGUUUCUCUCGUUUGAGAAACAGGGCAACCGGAGCUGCACGUUACACGCGAGAUGGCUGGAGCGAGAGAGGUCUCAGUGAUAGCGAAUUGUGUGGUGGGAGCCUUUAUCCCACAGGGCCACGGAAAUAUGAAAACACUGAAGCUAGGUGUGCAGCUCUUAAAGAGGAAUUUCUUCGAUUUCGGCAAAGACAGAGGGAGAGGCAGCGUUCUGUGGAACUGGAGAGCACGUGCUGAGCAUUGCUGCCAAAAUUUAAAUGAUGCUCUUGGGCUGCACAGAGCAAAAGAGAGCUUCCUUUUGUGCAAUAUGUAGUAAUGCUGUUGCAUUGUUUGAGGCAAGGUACAUGGAUCGAAGAGUUUUAUCAGAGGCUAUAUACAUUUUAAAAAUUAAAAUGGCUGAAAUUAACAUAUUUAUUAUGAAAAAAAAUCUAGUUUAUGCAAUAUAUAAAUUUAAAUAUAUGCUGUUACAUUAGUAGAUACUGUUGUUCUACAUUAUUGAUGCAGUAUUUUUGUCACUAGUACUGUUUGAAAGAUGUAUAUUUUAUUGGAAUAUUUACUAGAAUUCAGGUAAAAACAAAUCAACCAUAAUAGUUUACUUUUAUUCUUCCCAGAAGUCUUUUUUUAAAACCAAAUAAUAUAUUAUAUUCAUGAGUCACAGUAUGUGUUUUUCUAACUGCAGAACGUGUUUGUGUCAAUUUGAAAAAGACAUUAACUGGAAAAAUAUUCAUGCUUCCUCUCUAACCCUCCUCUUUUUAAAAUCAAAACUAGACAAUUAUUUGUUGAAAAGUAGCUGUGACUUAUUACUGUUAUGUAUUUUAACGUGUUAAUGACAAUGGAAAUUUUAUCCUCAGGUCAAUCCUAUAUCUAUACACAAUUGCAUUUUGCAAAUACUAUAUGCAUUUCUUUAUUUUUCGGUGAAUUAGAGAUAGUUUUAAUUUAUGCUUGUUCCUUCAAGUUUUCCGGUUGAAUCUUUUACUUUUGUUUUGUGCAUUUUACUUACAUUUAAAGAAUAAAUUCAAAUCUGAAUGAAUGUAUAUUUUAUUUUCAUAGAUGCAUAAUAAUUUUAAAUAUUUUUAUUCUAUAAAAAUACUUAAAUCCCUCCAUUAAAAUAAAUUAUUUUAUUGCUAAUAAACACUUCUUUCAUGAUGAAACUGGAUUUUCUUUUGUAUAUAUUAGUUAGAAGCCUUAAAAAUUCAUUCAGAUUAAAUGAAACAUUCAUUUAGUUUUUAUACAUUUGUCAAGCUUCUUGCUUGUGUUUUUCAUUUUCAUGUACUUACAUUUAAUUCAUCGGAAAUAUGUCUUUCAUAUAAAUCCUGCCAACGUUGUUUUAAAAUAUUGUUAUAACCUAAUUUGUUUUGUACAAUUGUUUUCAUAUAUAUUCUUUUGUUGUUUUUUUUUCCUAUCAUUUUUGUACAAUCGUUGUUAUUAAUGCAGCAUUUUGCAAAGGUGAAAAUGCUUCAUAAGAAAGAAAAGCAAAGUGAAAUAUAAUACUAAACAUAAAUUUGCAAUUUAUUAUUAUUUUUAAAAUUUGUAAUUUAUGUACCCAUGAGAGUUCACCUCAUUUUUCUUAGUAUAUACUUGAUUUAUCAAAACAAAAAAAGAGAAAGAACAUGUUGCUAAAUUUUUAUUUAUUUUUUCCUUCUAAAGAAAUAUAUCAGUUGUCUACAUUUUAUGCUUCUGAAGCUUUCUAUGAAUUACUGAAGAUCAAAUUUACCACUUUUCUAUUUUUUCAUCCAAUAGGUCUUGAUUGUUUACACGAUAGAUUUCAAAACUUUUCUCAUUGUGCAGACAGAUUUGUUUUGUAAAAAAAUGGUUAUUUAUCUCAAUAAUUUUGUAUGAUAUAAAGUUAGAAAUAUUUUAACACUGCAUGCAGUGCAUGUAAAUAGUAUAAAGCAAAAUUAAAUCAUUAAUAAUUAUUUUAUUUUCUUACCUUUUUAUUUCCUUUUGCAUAGUAAAGGAAGUAUUGCAUUUGCAAAAAAAAAAAUCCCUCAAAUUCCCCCAGAAUUUUCAAAUAUAUUCAUCCCCGAAUAAAUGUUGAGGGGUUUUUUUUCAACCUGACCACACAUGCAUGUUGCCUAAAAACGUAUGGACGCCCAAAAUAUACAUUUUGACCAUCCCUGAGUUAAUUACCAUGGGUUUGCUCGUGAUGUCUGUAUGCAGACUUGGAUAAAAUGAAAAGCUUUCUGCAGACACAAUUCCUAACUGGAAAAUUUUCUGCAAAUAACUAUUUUGCCAAACUCACCAUUGAAUAAAGAAUUAAAUUUAUAUUCAAAUAUGAAGAGGUCAAAAAAAAAAAAUAAAUAAAUAAUUAAAAUUUUUUACAAUAACAUAGUUUGUGUUUAUUUU